GUUGCUGCAGAACCUCAACGACGCUGAUGAGAUCCCUGGAGGUUUCCCCGUGGACUUGCAAACUGAGUGGGACAGGUAUUCCAGCGUCAUCAAGUUCAGGGAAUGCACAUUACUCCGUGAAUGGCUUUAUGCAUCCCUGGAGAUGUACACCUACAUCACCAUAACAGUCCCGUCUGAGUUACACAGCGACGGAUCCGAGACUGUAAUCCCCUACCAAGUGCUCGACAAAAGUACCAAAAGGAAGCAGGUUCAGACAUUCGACGAGGACGGCGAGCAGCUCCCUGAGCUCGGUAACGUGGUUGUCCAGAGGAUGGAGAAGUGGACCCCCGACCUGGACCAUCUCACAGGUUUGCCUCCAGAGCUUGACGUCUACGCACGGGACGAUCCAACCACAGUGGACGUCCUGCUCAUGACUGGGACGUCGAUGGGCGCAAGGCUCAAACUACUGCAAUGGGACGUGCGGGAAUCAGAGGUCGACGGGUGCAUCACGCUCUUCGACGCCCACCCACUUCAAUCGAAGCGACGGUUGAGCGAGAAGGGAGCACCGUUUCUUGCAUUAGUCGAUGCUCUUGAAGGCAGGGGUUGCGUGGGCACGCCCCACCACGUCGUGCACCAACCUGGCAACAAGGACCUGUACGACACCAGGGUGAAAUUCAAGACGUACCUCAAGUGCGUGCUCAUGAAGGACGAGUUGUUCGAUAGGGGCUGCCCUUCGUUCGACAGUUCGCAGCUAUCCAUAUAUUACGAAGUUCUGUUGAAACUACCCUCCGUCAGCCCAGGACUUACCGCGCUGGAGUACCGACAGCUACUGGGGCGCAAGGACGUGCCACCCAAUGCUGCCAUGAUGGAGUUGCUGGACAAUCGGGCGGCAAUACUGCCAGUGAUCAAGGAGCCUCGGAAAUCGAAACAGAGCGUAGUUGGAGAAUCGCCACCUGAGCAGCAACCAAGUGCAUCGUCGUCCUCUGAGCGGCCAGCGGUGGACCCCCCAACUGUGGCGACUGGUGCUUCCUCCACUGGGCCUAAGCCCAAGAUCGACGUAAGCGUAGGUGAGUUGGAACUUGCAGAAGACGGUUUCCCUAUGUAUUUGCACGGGUGCAGGCUCAAGCGGGAAGUCGAGAAGACGGGGCGGGUCGGCUUGAGGGUGGCGUGCCCGAGUGUUGACCAUUGCAAUGCUGGCCUGUGCUCGAAGUACCGACCCAUCACGAUAGACGUUGCGAAGUUCGGACAGCGUGCGCCAGUGCUUUACCUCGGUGCAUGGAUCGAUCGAGCCAGCACCGACAGCUUUGGCACUCAUAAAUGGUACAAGCCAACUCACAAGGACAUUGCCGCGUAUAUGGAGAAGUAUCCACAUGCAGUGGGCUGA